AUAUGCCGAUGGUAAAUACGCAUGAUCAGAUCACCAGUGAGUGGUGACGGUGGUGACCUUUCGCGUCCUCAAAAUAUUAGUUUAUCGCAAAUCGUUGGAUAGGUUGAUCCGUCAGUUGUGUCAUUGCUUUUCAAGUUUCAUUCACAUCAGGUUAUUUCGUUCCCGUUUCUAUAGGUCUACCAGGCAAACGAGACGAGAGCCUGCCAAAAUGGUUUGGAUCACCGCUGACAAUCAGAUGGCUGGCAAGCCGAAUACUCAAGCGUUAUACGCUCAAAGUCAAUUGGAUCACAUGUGCGCCCUGGAUAUCGACAGUCGAGUAUCCUUCGUUCGUUUAUCUGGUAUCAUUUGUACAAUCGGUCCCGCAUCCAGAUCAGUAGAGACCUUGGAGAAGAUGAUUGAAACGGGGAUGAACAUUGCUCGAUUGAACUUCUCUCAUGGAUCCCACGACUAUCAUGCCGAAACUAUCACCAAUGUUCGCCAAGCGCAGAAGAAUUUGACUGCUCGUGCCGGAAUUAAUAUUCCUGUCGCUAUCGCUCUUGAUACAAAGGGUCCUGAAAUUCGUACUGGUCUCUUAGAAGGCGGCGGUUCGGCGGAAAUUGAAUUAAUUAAAGGUCAGACCUUUAAACUAUCUACGGACAAGACAUAUAUGGAGAAAGGAAAUAAUCAAAUUGUUUACGUUGACUAUGAAAAUAUCUCAAAAGUGUUGAAGGCGGGAAAUCGUGUAUUUGUAGAUGAUGGUUUAAUUUCUCUUAUUGUUUCUGCUGUCAGUCCUAAUUUAAUUUCGACGACUGUUGAAAAUGGUGGUAUGCUAGGUUCCCGUAAAGGUGUGAAUUUGCCAGGAGUACCAGUGGAUCUUCCAGCAGUAUCGGAAAAAGAUAAAUCUGAUCUUCAGUUUGGCGUUGAACAAGAAGUUGAUAUGAUAUUUGCUUCUUUCAUUAGAAAUGCUGCUGCAUUAACUGAAAUUCGUGACAUUCUUGGUGAGAAGGGCAAAAAUAUAAAAAUCAUAUCAAAGAUCGAAAAUCAACAGGGCAUGACGAAUCUCGAUGAGAUUAUUGAUGCAUCUGAUGGUAUCAUGGUAGCGCGUGGUGACUUAGGAAUAGAAAUACCACCGCAGAAAGUAUUCUUGGCACAGAAGUCCAUGAUCAGCAGAUGCAACAAAGUUGGCAAGCCAGUAAUUUGCGCCACGCAAAUGCUAGAGUCUAUGGUGAAGAAACCACGUGCUACGAGAGCCGAAACUUCAGACGUUGCUAAUGCCAUUCUUGAUGGUGCUGAUUGCGUUAUGUUGUCAGGUGAAACAGCAAAAGGUGAUUAUCCUUUGGAAUGUGUUCGCACAAUGGCCAAUAUUUGUAAGGAAGCAGAAGCUGCAAUUUGGCAGACACAAAUCUUCCACGAUCUGACGAGUAAAGCUCUUCCGCCUAUUGAUGCUACGCACGCUGUUGCUAUUGCUUCUGUAGAAGCAUCUGUUAAAUGUUUGGCCAGUGCUAUUAUUGUUAUUACUACAUCUGGCCGAUCCGCACAUUUAAUUGCGAAAUAUAGGCCUCGUUGUCCUAUUAUUGCAGUUACCAGAUUCCAUCAAGUUGCUCGACAAGCACAUUUGUACCGUGGAAUAUUACCAUUGUACUAUGAAGGAGCACCAUUAGCCGAUUGGGUAAAGGAUGUGGACGUGCGUGUACAAUUUGGAUUAAAUUUUGGCAAAAGUCGUGGUUUUGUCAAAACCGGCGAUUCUGUAAUAGUUGUGACAGGAUGGCGGCAAGGUUCGGGCUUCACAAAUACACUUCGUAUUGUGACCGUUGACUAAGCUUGCAUUAUACUGGAAAAUUAUAGGAAGUAUAGUUUUCAUGGAUGUAGAUAUAAUGCAAAGAUUACCGAGUGAUACUUGAACUAUUUACAUUACUAUGUAUGUAAUUGUAUAUGAUUCUUGUAUGAGUUCCAUUAAAUAUAGUUAUAUCAACUACUAAUCUUA